CUUAACUUCAACCAUAAUCGAUGGCACAGCGAUUAACAUCAGCAUUUUUGAACUGGCGGGAGCAUAUAACAGCCGCCAGUAAAAGCUCAAAUUUUGAAACGACUGGAAUGAUAACUCCUGAAGAGUUUGUUUUAGCAGGAGAUUAUCUAGUAACAAAGUUUCCCACUUGGAGUUGGGAAUGUGGCGAUCGCAUUCGAGGAUUUUUACCUAAGGACAAGCAAUAUUUGGUAACUCGGCAUGUUUUAUCUGUACCUAGAGAGAUAAAUAUUGAAGCCAACGGGGAAUGGGUGGAUGUAGAAACGGAAGAUUCGAAAUUCAAGCUUUCAGGCAUAGAUGACACUUCAUCCGUAAGCAGCAUCCAUAGUGAACAAAGUGGUUCUUUGUCUCAAGAACGGUUCCAUGGAGCUUUUGGGUCUGCUAAAGCUGCUAGUAAUUUGUCAGAUUCGGAAGGUUUACCUCUACAGGAUGAAGAAGAUGAUGACUUGCAGAUGGUUCCGCUAACCGUUCCUCGAAACGAAGCUCGAAGAUAUGAUUUAUACAUUGUAUACGAUAAGUAUUAUCGUACUCCUCGGUUGUUUCUUCGUGGAUGGAAUGCCGGUGGCCAGUUACUUUCCAUGAAAGACAUUUACGAAGACGUGUCCGGAGAGCACGCUGGAAAAACCGUUACUAUGGAACCAUUCCCUCAUUAUCAUUCUCACAAUACAAUGGCCAGUGUUCAUCCAUGUAAACAUGCUAGCGUUUUGUUGAAGCUCAUAAAGCAACACUGCGAAAGAAACGAGCCGAUUCGUGUGGAUCAAUACAUGGUUCUCUUUUUGAAAUUUGUUUCAACCAUGCUUCCAUAUUUUGAAAUUGAUUAUACCAUGCAAGCCUAAAGUGCACGAUCUUUUUUUUUUCAUUUCUUAUAUUAUUACUUCAGUAUCAUGAUAAUUCUCCCAAUACACGGUGAUAAUGAAUAUCGUUUCUAUGGUAUUGGAACUUAAUCUGUUGUUUUUACGAAACGUUUUUUUGUUUUUGUUGCUUUUGUUUCUGUUGAUAACUUUCGGACUUUCUUUUUUUUACAUACAGACAUUUGCAAUAAUGACCCCGUUUUUACGUCCUUUAUGAUGAACCUAGCAAUCCUUUCUUUUCUUCUUGUUUCAUGGUCACAUUCCCCUUGCAUAAUUUAAUGUAUACUUAUACUCUAGUAUAAUUAAUCCCUACCUAUAAUGAAUCAAUGAUAAAACAUUUAAAAUAUAGAGAUACGUUAAGUUUUAC